CCCACACACCCACCCAGACAGACAGACAGAGACCCACCCAGAGAGACAGGGGCAGGGCAACCGAGAGCCUCCAGCCCUGAGCAGAAGCAGCAGCGGUCCUGAUCGUGCGCUGGACAGUAGCUGACUUGGAGCAGGAGAGAGUGUUUAGCGUGCAAUGACUCACCCGAGUGCUCCUCCAACUUAUGAAGAAUCAAUUAAUCCAUUGUACCCACCCGCGGGUGAACCUGGAUCCUGCCCUGCCUACCCCCCUGGGGGAAAUGCCCCUUACCCCCCUGGGGGGAAUGCCCCUUACCCCCCUGGGGGAAACUCUGCUUUCCCAUCAAUGUUCCCUCAUUCAGGAAAUCCAAUGGGACCUCCAAUGAUGCCAACAGUCCCACUGAACCCUGCCUGGCCAGGAGGGAACCCAGGUGCCUAUGGCAGCUCAGGGGCGGAACCAGAACCAGAACGUGGGAACCAGGGAUUUGCUGCUAGUUCCUGGGAUGAUCGGAAAGUUCGCCACACAUUCAUUCGAAAGGUUUACAUGAUCCUUACGGCUCAGUUGUUGGUAACUUUUGGGAUUGUCGCCAUCUUCACAUUCAGUGCUCCAGUGCAAACGUUUGUACAAUCUAACUCCACAGUUUACUGGGCAGCUUAUGGAGUGUUCAUUGUGAUAUAUUUUGUCCUGGUCUGUUGUGAAGGACCCAGGAGGAAGUUUCCCUGGAAUAUGAUCCUCUUGGCUAUUUUUACCUUGGCUAUGUCAUAUCUCACUGGAACAAUUGCAAGUUACUACAGCACCAAAUCUGUGUUUCUGUGCCUGGGCAUCACCGCACUGGUCUGUCUUGGUGUCACCAUCUUCUGCUUCCAGACCAAGGUGGACUUCACCUCAUGCAGUGGCCUGUUCUGUGUCCUGGGGAUUGGCCUGUUUGUCGCUGGGAUAGUUGUUACAAUCGUUCUGUCCUUCAAAUAUAUUCCAUGGCUUCACAUGUUGUACUCUGCAAUCGCAGCCAUUGUUUUUACUCUGUUCUUGGCGUUUGACACCCAGCUGAUCCUGGGAAACAGGAAACAUUCCAUCAGCCCAGAGGAGUAUGUUUAUGGCGCACUCAGACUCUAUGUAGACAUUGUGCAAAUCUUCAUCUAUCUUCUUCAGCUGUUUGGGUCCAGAUGAAGACACAAGGUGCAAGGUUGUUACAAGCAAAAUUCCUUGGCUUCCUUCAUUCUCGCCUUUCUUUGUCCAAAAUAACCUCGUGCUUAUAGAAUGUAGGAAAGACAUUACCUUCAGCGCAAUUAGAAUCGUCAGUUGUAGCUCCAGUUCUGAGUUCCCAGACUAUCCAGCCUAGUGCCAUCCUGCUCUCAGAACGGAAUUAAUUACAAAGUAGAACAGAAACAGCUGGAGAAACUGAGCAGGUCUGACAGUCUCUGUGGAGAGAGAAUGACACAGUGAAUGUCUCUGGUUAAUGAGAUUUGAUGAGAACUGGGAAAAAAACAGAACAGUUUUUAAACAAGCCCAAACUACAGGGAUAAUGAACAAAAGAGGGUUUGCGAUAAGCUGAAAAGUAAUUGAUCAAAAACAUUAACUCUGUGACUUUCUGAGCACCUGCUGAGUAUUUCCAACAUUUUCUG